CCUAAGCAAUCUUGCUAUCGCCCCAAGUUCUCCACAUCUCAGGCAAAGUCUUCCAGGAAACACCAGCAGCACCGACGUGAUGGCUCGUUUCGCCGUUGUCGCCGCCAUCGUCGCCCUCCUGGCCGUCACAGCCGCCGCGCAGGCCCCUGGAGCGGCGCCCAUCCCGGCGCCCAGGAUGGCCCCGCUCCCCGCGCCGCCGGCGAGGUCUCCAGCCAUCGCUCCUGCGCCGGUCGCCACCCCGCCCACCGCCCCUGCGCCAGUCGCCACCCCGCCCACCGCCGCGUCGCCGUCGCCGAUGGCCUCUCCACCGGCCCCGACUACCGAGGCUCCCUCCGCCAUGACACCUUCCGCGGUCUCUGCCACACCGGCCGGCGCCCCCACCGACACCCCCGCGAGCUCCGCCGUGUACUCGUCGACCGUCAGCUUCGUCGCCGUCGCCGGCGCUGUCGCCGCCGCCAUCGUGUUCUAGACAGAUGGAGCGGGCAAGACUCUGUGUUUUGGUGUUAGUUUACGCUACCAGAUUCGUUUUGUGAUUCUUUUGUAGAGAUUGAUGAGGAAAGAUUGCAACGACAUUGCGAUGUAGUAAUCUGGUUACAUAUCAUGCAUAUUAAUGAAUAUAAAUUCUUUCAUUUAUCA